AGGUUCUACAAUGCACAUAUCCAAUGAAGAUAACUGAAAUGCUCAUUAGAACAGUGAAAAUAAUAAUAACAGUAGUCCAGUUGCAUUACGCUUCAUCUGUUUCAAUGAGUUUUUGCCAGUAGAUUUGAAAAUCUUUAACAACUUAUUGUUUUGUCAAUUGAUAACAUGGCUUCUUUUCAAAAAGCACUUGAAAAUCUUAAUGAAGGUACAAUAUGCAUUAGUGUAUGUGUUAGUGUGUGGCUGUUAUUAAUUGCGGCUAGAAUGGAUAAUGUCUUAAUAAUUCCGUAUUGGACAAUAUUUCUACCACUUUGGUUGUGGAAAACGAUUGUUUUUGUCGGCUGGUUAGUUGGCUUAAUAGUAUGGUGUAAACAUUGGAGAAUUCAUGUUGAUGAUUCAGAGCAUAGUACAUUUCUUGUUCGUGAUGACCCUGCUCUACCUUACAUUCAAGCAAUGUCUGUAUCAGCAUUUUUUCACUUUCUUAUCACGUGUUCUGAAGUGUUAUUAUGCAUUCAUUUAUCAAUUGAAUCAUCUAAUCUUACUUAUCUAACUAUUUUAUCACCAUUACUAGUUGUUGGUGCUUUGGGUGUGUUCGGAUUUCUUUUUGUUAUGAUAGAUUCAAGAGCAACAUUUACAGCAAAUGCACGACGUCGAAGGCAACAUCAUUCACGAUCCUUAAAUAACAAUACCGGUAAUACUACCAUUACUAGUACCAACACUAUCAACAAUAAUAGUAUUAACAAUAAUACUACUAUCAACAAUAACUCAGAUUCAUUUGUUUUCAUACCACGUUCACGUCAUGUAUGCUCGUUUACCUUAGAAUUAUGUAUCGCUGCUAAUCUAUUACAAUUAUUAUUUUUAAUUGCUAGACUUGACAAUUGGAUACGUUCAAAUUGGAUUGUCACCUUUAUCCCAUCAUUCAUAUUAUUAGCAAUGGGAUUUUUAUUUUGUUUUGCUGGUUUAACUAUUGCACUAAUCACAUACUUUACAGCCUUCUUUAUUCCUGUAGCCCAACGUAGAUUAUCUGUUUGUUAUUAUGCUUCACACUUACUAAUAGUUAUUUUCUUAUGCACCUCAUUAAUCCUUUUAGGGUUGAGAUUAGAUGGUUAUCUUUCUGCUUCAAAAAGUAGUGCAUUAUUAAUUUGUAUACCUGUAUUGUUUAGUAUGUUCUUAUAUGCUUCGUUAUCAUCUGGUCCUGGUAAUCCAUGGUGGUUCGGUUUGAACCGUAAUGUACUUCUGGCGAUAUUUGAGUCUUGUCCAACUUUACAACUGUGUGCCAAUAAUCAUAUUAGUAAAACUAGUCUGUGGAGAGUAUCUCGUUACCAUGGCGAUAAUGGUGAUAUGAAUAACACAUUGACGGUAGAUUCUUAUAAUGGGAAUCCUGUCGGAGUCGAAUUUGUUAGACCUACUAUAACUAUCACCAAUUCACCUGGUACUGUUGCAUGUGGACUAAUUAAUUCACAUAACUUAAAACCUUGUCCAAAUUGUGCAGUUGGUUGUUGUAAUUGUUCAUCAUCAGCAUCACCAUCAUCAUCAACAACCAGUAAGAAAAAUAUCCACUGGUCAAAUGUCAAUAUUUCGUCAGAAAUCUCUCAUUUUUACAACUCUUUUCAUUAUGCAGAUCAUUUACUUUAUCCAGAUUAA